UUCUGCAUUGCUCGCUUGAUUGAUUGUAAUUUCCACAAAAAUUAUAGUUUUUUAUAACUAAACAAUCGAAUCAUAUAUAGCUUUCUAAAGGUGUGGUGUAUGUACAUGUGUGAGAGCACGGAUGGGAGAGUGCAGAGAGUGGGGAGAGCCGGAGCAACGCCGGCACUUCGAUGUAACGAGUCAGUCAGUCAAAUAAAUACUCUAGCCCACACCCGAUCUCGAUCGAUACCUUCCCCCGCUUGAACGAGGAAGAUACAGAGCAGAUGGCGACGAGGCUAAAAUCAUUAUAAUCGCAGACGCGUGUAAGGGUGAAUAGCGGAAUCGGACGAGACGAAAAGCGGACUGGUCUGGAUACAUAAGCUACGUAAGGAAGAAGUAUUUAGGGAGCUGCGGAGCAGAGGAAUUCCGGCGAACGAAGUCAGCAAGUUAGACGAACUGCGCCGAAUAUUGAGAAUAGCGGUACAGACCGAACAAGAGGCCAACGAGGAAGAAAAAUCGAACGAAGACGAAACCAAAGACGAAACCGAAGACGAGCCGGAAAUGGAAUACUCAACGCAACUCGAUUUCAAAAUUGAAGUUGACGAUUGGGAACAAUUCGUAAAAUGGGUAGAGUUCUAUUUCGAAGCAAAAGGCAUAACAGAUGCAAAUAAACAAAGGGCGAUCUUUCUAACGAAAAUCGACGCAGAGGCCUACGCGGUAGUAUGGAAGGUAUGCGCACCAGCUAAACCGAAAGACGUAACGCUAGCGGAAAUCAUAAAAAAGGUAAACGAAUACAUAAAACCAAAAGCCAAUGUGACAGUGCUUCGAUCGAGGUUCCGGGAACGGAUACAAGCGGAGAAGGAAUCAGUGGCACAAUACGUGGCCAUACUACGGAACCUAGCGACCGAAUGUAAAUUUGCAUCAGAAGAUGAAGCAAUAAAUGACCAACUGCUUAGCGGAAUCCGGAAUAAGGAUAUUAAAAUUGCCCUAUUCCGAAUGACGGCGCUCACGGUUGACUCAGCGAUUGGAACAGCAACAACCAUCGAAGAAGCACAAAAAACGGCAGACAAAUUCAAGGUUGAAGCCGAAGAAGAGAAUAACAACUCGAACAAGGAAGAGAAAACAAAGAUCGACCGUUUACAAACACACGGUAGGAACCACGGGGGGUAGCGAGAAAAUCCGAGGAAUGCGCGUAUGAAGCGUUAUAGACAGCUACGGUCACCAACUCAACGCAAUCAACAGUAUCGCCCAUCGACAUCAGGGCCGUCAAGGGGGCCUACGACAAGACCGCGAUGCUUCUGCUGUGGAAAACCAGGCCAUGUGAGGGACGAUUGUUGGUAUCGAGAAUGGACCUGCAACGGAUGCGGAGCACGGGGACAUCUACAAGCCAAUAGACCGGGAACCCGCGACAAAAUUUCUGUCAAAUCUUAUUCACCGCCAUAUUAAUAGAAUUAGUUGUUUUAAUCGAGUAAGAAAGGUACAUGAUAUUGGCGAAAUCGGUCAGCGGUACAUAGAUGCAGAAAAUUAUAACAAACAUGGUUUCCCGAUGAAUAAGAUUUGACACAAAUUUAGUGUUACGGGCUCCCGGUCUACACAAUUGCAAGGAGCGGACGCAACACGAGAAAAACCCGGUCAAGAAGAUGCAGCAAAGCAAAGAAUCGAGCGAGUCCGAGCCGGAGUCGGAAUGGUAUGCAGAUUUGUUUUCGGUUAGAAAGAAAUCGAGAGUAAAUGUAAUUCAAUUAGAGUAAAACCACAAUUUCUAUGGGUUAAGGUAGAAGGGCGAGAGUUGAACAUGGAGGUCGACGGCGGCCCGGAUGUCUCAUUGAUAAGCGAAAAGGAGUACAAGGAUAAUUUUGCGGAGACACCAUUAGUCGCCUCGGAUACAACACUAAGUUAUUACGGGGGUGAAGGGAGCGAACCGAUAGGAAUGUUAAGAGAUGUAAGCGUGAAUACGGUAAAAUUAAAACGACGAAAAAACUAUACGUGAUAGGGAAGACCGGAAAACCCCUACUCGGGCGCAAUUGGUUACAUAAAUUAGGGUUGUGGCCGCUAGGGAUAGAGCAGUCCGAACAAAAAAUAACGGAAUUAAAACAAAUAAAACAACAGACGAAAGAAAAGGGGAAAAUUCAAAAAAUGGUAGGACAGCUCUUCACUAAGUAUUCGCGAAUUUAUUCUCGCCGGGACUAGGGAACUAAGGUAAACGGCCCGAUUUGUGGAACAAAACCGGUUGUGGAACACUUUAAAAAAAAAACUCAUAAAAUUUAUAUUUAAAAACAAAAAUAAACAAAAAAAAUUGCGUUAUUAUGUACAAGUCUUCAAGUGUAUAAUUAUCUAGAACUAAGUACUGUUGCUAUAAAUAUUUAAGUGUAAAUAAAAUUUUUUAGAGAUGUUCGUCUCCACACCCGUGAAAAUUGACUCCUAUUCAAAGCAAAGCAGCUGAUUUGGUACAGCUCGCAAUUUGGUAUAAACUAUUAAAUACACAUAAAUUUGCAAAUCUGUAUUUAAUAGUUUGAAUAUUAAGAAUCGUAGAUUCUAAUUUUUAUCAUUUUUUUGUAAGUUUGAUAGUUUUUUAUUUAUUAAAUAGAUGUUCCCUUUUAGGAACUUUUAUUUUUUCAAUUGCCGUAUUAUGGAACGCUGAAUGAGAGCGUUCCCCAGUUCCGGCCUUUGUAUGCUCGCUUGAUGGUCCUAGAUUUUGGCAUAAGUUUUUUAUCGUAUUAUUAAAACAAACACGAUUUUUAUUGUGCAUUUUUAUUCGAGUAUACUUUUUUCAUUAUUUCACAGCAAGUAAGUACAUUGUAAUGCAAAAUUUUGUUAGAAAGUAACACGUAAACGAAAGAUAACCUCAAAAAGACGUUCAGACGUUCUUACGCAAAUGCUUGUUCCAUAAUCGGGAUAAGAUGUUCCAAACAUUGGGUCAAGCUUGUUCCAGAGUCGGGACAAGAUGUUCCAAACUGGAUCAAGCUUGUUCCAGAAUCGGGACAAGAUGGGCGUAUCCCGUUUGGACACGUAACGGUUCGACACCGCUUGAUUAGACACGCAC